GCCAUGAUGAACGCGAAUGAAAAGUGCAAAGCAGCAAUCACGAGCCUCCCUCUCAACCCAGCUCCAACCCUGCAAGCCAUGCUUGAGGUCUGCGCCAAGAAGGUCUCUGUCAUAUCCACAGACUGUGACAGCAGGUCGAGACCACCGAAGAGGGUUGCCAUGGCAAAGGCAUCUGGACCGAUGUCUUCCAGUCAGCAGCAGAAUGCCCCGAGGCCACGGAAGAAACCGGUUGCAGCUGACAGAACCACUCCACCUGAGAGACAGUGAUUGGCACUUUGCUUUGGUGAACAAUGAGGAACGAGGUACUUGGCACCGGAUCCGCAGUAAGUAUGUUGUCCUUGGGGACACCAGACACACACCACAAGAGAUCAGGAUCCUCCCGGAUCCCAUAACAUCAGACCCUGGGCGGCUUGCUCCCUGGCUGCACUGUGUUCAUCCACCCAUCUUCCUACCCAAAGACCAAAUAAUAGCUCAGGUCAUCCCAGUGGCUGAGCCACCAUGGGAUCAAGAUCAGGCAGCUCUGACCAGAAGAACUCUCCCAAUAAUUUGGUGGUCAAAGGUGCUGGGAAAUGAAAAACCAAAAAUCUGGUGUGGGGUUCACCAGGGUGGGGAACAAAAACACCUGAAAGGACUUCUGGAUACCGGGGCAGAUGUGAUGAUCAUUCCCUCUAGGGAGUGGCUGUUGCACUGAGAACGGCACAGCAUGGCAGGACACGUUCAAGGUAUAGGGGGCAUGCAAUUGGCCAAACAAUCCAAGGCCAUCGUGCAAAUUGAGGGGCCAAAUGGACAAUUGGCAUCUUUGCGUCCAUUUGUUUUAGAUUAUACAGAACCCUUGUGGGGGAGAGACCUGAUGGCCCAGUGGAGGGGUCACAACUGACAUCCCAGAAACCCCCCAGGUUUUUUGGGCAGCAGCCACUGAAAAGUGCCCUACCCAAAACUGAAUUGGAAAACAGAUUCACCAGUCUGGGUAGAGCAGUGGUCGCUCAGUAAAGAAAAAUUGAAGGCACUGGAGGAGCUCAUGGAAGAGCAACUCACCAAGGGAAACGUCGUGGAGACCAUGAGUCCAUGGAACUCCCCUGUCUUUGUAAUAAAAAAAAACAAACAAAGACAAAUGGUGGCUCCUCCAUGACGUCUGCCAAAUAAACAACGUAAUUGAAGAUAUGGGCUCUCUCCAGCCUGAGAUGCCGUCCCCAACGAUGCUCCCCCAAAACUGGAAUUUGGCUGUGAUCAAUAUAAAAGAUUGUUUCUUCCAAAUUCCCCUACACCCUGACAAUGCCCUACGCUUCACCUUCUUGGUUCCUACCAUCAACCGAGAAGCCCCAAGGAAGAGGUACCAUUGGAAAGUGCUUCCACAGGAAUGAAGAACAGCUGCACGUUGAGCGCCAAGCUGUUGCCGUGCUCACCGAGUGACCACUCAGUGACUCCCUGCUAGCUCAGACACUGCAACCUCAGGGGACACUCUCCUGCGCUCUGGAGUGCAGGAGGGUGGCUAAGGGUUAUGAGCCCUUUCUCGGAAGAGACGUAGCCAAUGAUGGUGAAGGAAAGGGAGCAGGCAGUUCAGAGGGUAUAAAUCUAAGCUUUAUUGGAAGCUCUGGCGAGCACCUAGCCUCAGGGGAUACAACUCUGAAAA